CAAGCUGUCCAGCAUCCCGACUAUCCAUUAAAGAGGAAAGGCGCCCUCCAUUGACGGUCUCACACGGUAAAAAAUGGCAGACGACCGGAGUGGCGCAUCUUUUAAAGUGGAAACAGUCCAAAAGUUGCUGCAGAGUACCUUUCAAGACGACAAGACAAAAAUCAGCAAAGAUGCGGUACGGUUGAUGGUUGAGAUGCUGAGAGUCUUCGCAGCAGAGGGAGCUGCAAGGGCAGCCCAGCAGGCCAAGUCAGAGUCUGGCACUGUGGUGGAACCAAGACAUUUUGAAAAGGUGUUGCCCCAGUUGCUUCUGGAUUUUUGAGCAAUGAUCUCCACUCUUAACCAGAGGAUUCUCCACGGACUGCACUGAAACCUUGGCAAUAAAAAAUGUCUGUGUGUAUGAUACAAUUAAUUUUCCAACCAGAGUUUUACCUUUGACAUUUGAAAGUCGUUAGAUGGUUCAGAAUUUGCAGUUGGAUUAUGUAAUCAUACCUAUAGCUAUUUUUUUUAAAAGCUACAAUAGAUCCGAGGAUGGUUUUGAGCUAGGCCUUAAAGACAUAUAGGAACAUUUGCAUUUAUCCCAAAAGUAGCCCACCAAAUUAUUUUUCGAAAAAAGCUUACUUGGACUAAAGAUUGUACUGGUCCUAAACACCCUGUGAAAUAUUACGUCUAGCUUGCUGUCAUUUAGAAGAAGAAAUCAAGAAAUGUAGGUGAUUUCCAAAUAGUAGUCAAUUGACUGAUUUUUUGAAACAAAAGAGUGCUAUGGACAAAAUUGUGUUUCAUGAUCAAAAGUGUGUGUCCGUUUUAUACUGCUUUCUCAAAAGUUAUAACAUCCACUGAGCUGAAACUUUAACAGAUUAGGUUUGGAACAUUCUUGUUUGGAUUUUGAGUGGUGUUAUUAUUGAGAAGGAACAAAAUGCAUGAAAACAAAUUAUCCUACAUGCUUUAAAAUAUGUGAUAAUAUGCAAAAUAAAAGUUAAACAGUUAGUCAUCUUUUGAAGACAUUUGUAGCCUUUCUUGAUAUGCCGUUCAUUCGCAAGUCCAGUCACAAGCUAUUCAAAUGUACUUCGAAAAAAAAAUGUUUCAUAUGCAAAUCCUCCCCUUUCACUUGUUACUUUCUUGUGAUUUUAUUUGUAGAUGUAAUUUGUGAUUUAACUUGAAUGAUGGACUUUAUUUCGUCUUUGUUACUCAUUACCUAUUUGAAAUGUUAGUAUUGUCCAGAAAUGUAUUUGUGCAUUUAGUGAACCCGGAGUAUUUUUCUCCAAUCAACCAGUUUAAUGUCAAAAUAAUUUAGUAAAUUCUUUUGUUUGCUGAAAAGUUAUUUCCAAACUGGAGUGUGUCCAUGUAUAUGCUAUGUGGAACAUUUAUGAAUAAAAAAAACUCAAACUGA